AUUGCUGUGAAUAAAAUACAAUUUUUUCUUGCUGGAUUAUAAUAGAGUGUGACUACCGUAGUGUUAAGCUUACUAGACCAGCAGCAAGUAUGAUGACCAUCUUGCGAAAACCAAAGACAUCGCUCUUCCUGGUGACAUUUGUAGGAGCCGUAACUAUCAUCGUCGGAAUUUUAUGUGGUUUGCAGACACGCCCAGUCCGCAGACGUGCCGAGUUUCCGAUGUUGGUAGUUGAGAAAACAGAGGAUGAUUCAUCCCACAAAUCACUUUUUGCCAGAACAGGAUGUGUCAAAAAGGUACAUAUAUUUGGCAGCGACAGAGAAAUGCGUCACAUACCAGAACUGCAGGAAUACAUGGACAUUUUCAAAAAGAGCAAUCUACCUCUAGGUGCUACGGACCUCGAUUGUGUUUCUGAGGGGUACGACUGUGACAUCGUCCUCACCAUGGGUGGUAAUGUGGACUACCUUGAGGGAAAAGACGCGGUUGUCUUUGGAUUGGUUCCCACGGAGUUCCGCGGGGAAGGGAGAGAACAAUUCAAGAAGUUGUUGGAAUUGCAACCGGCUCCAGGUCAGACGUGGAUAUAUUUCAGCACGGAGCAGCCGCUACGUGUACUCAGGUGGACCAGAGACCUCGACCUUAUGCGCCUCAAGUAUCAUGUCCUUAUGACCUAUGAUUUGGAUUCAGAAAUAGUCGUUCCUUUUGGUUACUACCGGCCCUUCAAUGCACCAGGUGUUAACGCGAGCUCCAACAAGGCUUUGGAGACAGCCCAUCUCCAAGAUCCACUCUUGGGAAAGAAAGGCAUGAUAGCGUGGAUGGCCAGCAACUGCAACGCGUUCUGGCCACGUACGGAAUUCAUCAGUCAAAUGAGGGAUGUGCUCCCACUCGAUGACUAUGGUAAAUGUGGUCGGAAAGAGUGCCUCCCAUUACGAUCCGAAGAAUGCGACAAACUUAUGGCGAGCUAUAAAUUCUACUUCGCCAUUCCCAAUGCUGAGUGUAAAGACUACAUCACGGAAAAGUUCUGGCUCCAGUCACUAUCCGCCGGUACGGUGCCGGUCGUAGUUGGCUCGCGGAAGGAAUCUUACCAGGCGGUGGCGCCUCCGAACUCCUACAUUCAUUUCAGCGACUUCGAAUCCAUUGGUGACUUAGUGGACUACCUAAAUCGCCUCAACAAAGACGACGAGGCCUAUCGCAGGUUCCAGGACUGGCGAAGUGAGGGAGAAGUGGUGCUCAACUUCCCGACACGCCCUACAAUCUUCUGUAGAGCACUACCUCAUCUCCAUAAGAAACAAGAUGUGAAGCCGUACAAGUAUCUAAGCGAUUCACCCUGGUUCAAAGGUUGUAGGAUGACUCCAGACAGAAAAGUGUUUAAUAUGACCAAACAAGAACAGAAGAUUUUGUCUAAAUUUGAAAAUUGGUCGGUAUGGCGAUGAUCGAAAAUUUAAUGUUUGACUGUUAAAAUGAACUGAUUAUAUCAUCGUUAUAUAAGAAUCAUUGAUAUCGUCACAAACUAUACUGCAAUCUGUGUACAGACUACUGUUAAUCUGCUGCACUGAAUACAGUUUAUUGACUUUUUCGUAACGCUUAAUUGCGUUGGACUUGAAACCCUUCCGUAUAUCAUAGUUUACAUCUCCCAGUCCCAUCACAAUGACAUUUAAGUGAUCGACAAAUGCUAACACAUUUUCAUACUUAUCCAAAAUAUCGGUUGUGCUAUUUGGCGGGCGAUACCAUGACAGAAAUAAAAACGGAGUGGAAAAUUUCGGUCGCACUCUGAGCUCUGACAAGUAAAAGUUCAAGCGGGUUAAGAUCUUCCGAAUUAACCAAUUCAUAUACGAAAUAGAGCUCUGGAUGUAAAUAGCAACCUCGCCUCCAUUGCGAUUUCGGUCGUUACUGCGAAUCAGAUCAUAAUCUUGUAUACGAAGUUCGUUGUCAUGAAUAGACACGUCGAGAAGAGUUUCAUUCAAGGCCAGAACAUGAAUGUCAUUGUCAUGCAAGCAAACUCUAAUUUCAUCAAUAUUUCUAUACAGACUACUGAAUGUUAAGAUGUGUACAUUUAAAACCAUCUUUAUCAAAAUCAGUAUACUUAACGAUUUUUAUAGAAUUAGAAUGACCCGAUUAUAUUGUAGAAGUCGCACGCUGUACAGGCUGGUGAUUUUUGCAUAGGUUUAGAAUUGCCAAAAAAGGUAAGCAUUAAAUAUGCACUUUGUAUAUUUCCAAUUGAGAAAUUCGUAAUAAAUGUGUUCAUAAUUAUUAACUCCCGCACAUGUCGUGUGCAUCCAGGUAAA